AAGAGACACUGAGGACUUGGUCACUUGUGUGCAACACAGGGGCGGCGGGUGGGUGACGGCGCCGGCUUAGCACGCCCGACAGCACUAACGCGCGGGUGCCGGGCCAAGCAAAUCUUUUGUCCCUGGCGGCGCUGAGCCAGCAAGCACCACAGAGUAUAUACCGGGUCCCGCAGGCGGCCAGCAACACACCAUGGCGCAACGCUCAGGAAAGAUCACUCUCUUCGAGGGCAAGCACUUCACAGGGCGGAAGCUGGAGGUGUUUGGGGACUGUGACAACUUCCAGGACCGAGGCUUUAUGAACCGAGUGAACUCCAUCCGUGUGGAGAGUGGCGCCUGGGUCUGCUUUGAUCACCCUGACUUCCGAGGCCAGCAGUUCAUCUUAGAGCACGGUGACUACCCUGAGUUCUUCCGCUGGAAUGGCCACAAUGACCACAUGGGCUCCUGUAGGCCCGUGGGCAUGCAUGGAGAGCAUUUCCGCAUAGACAUCUUCGAGGGCUGCAACUUCACAGGCCAGUGCCUGGAGUUCGUGGAGGACUGCCCCUUCCUGCAGAGCCGGGGCUGGGCCAAGAGCUGUGUCAACGCCAUCAAAGUGUAUGGGGACGGAGCGUGGGUCCUCUAUGAGGAGCCCAACUACCGCGGCCGCAUGUACCUGGUGGAGAGAGGCGACUUCCGCAGCUUCUCCGACUGGGAGGCCCACAGCGCACGCGUGCAGUCGCUCCGUCGGGUGCUCAACUUCUUCUAGUCCCAACUGGGUACGUGCGACCCACGGAG